AUGCCCUCCUCCAAGCCCGCAUGUCCAAGCCUUUUUGCACCUCCUCAGCCACCCGAAAUCACAAAGCAUCGGCUCAAACCAUUUCUGAACAAACCCCAACCUCACAUCCAAACGCUCGAGCAGCUUUUCUUGGUCAGCCCACAGUCCCACAAAGUCCUCCGCCAGCUGGCGCUCAAGCAGGAUUUCGAGAAGCCAAUUCAGGUUGUCGACCUGCGUCGAGAUCCGCUCCAGAAGGGGUGUAUCGUCCCUCAGCUUCUUCUCUUCUUCCUCUGUCCAUGGUACUGCCUCGAUGCAAUUUAG